CCCCACAUAAAAGGACAUGGAAGAAAGAAGUUUUUGCCUGCUCUGCCCCUACUCUCGCCGGCCAGUUUCUCUCUCCUACUUCCUCAGGAUCCCAGCGUCCUCUCUAGAACCUCCCUGAGACUCUAGCACCAAAUUGGCACAGCUGACCUUCAUCUUGUGGAUGACACCUGGAUCCUUAGUCUUUCCAUCAGGAGCAGCUCCUCGGACCACGCAGCCCCUAAAAAGCACACCAAAUUAUAAACAUAAGGAACCUCAGAAGCCAAGAGAUGCCUAAGGAGCAGCAAGAGGUGGUUGUACUGGGGGGACCCCACAUCUCAACUUCUGCAACAACAACCACAAUCAACAUGCCUGAGAUCUCCACGCCUGACCAUGUAGUCUGGUCCCUGUUCAGUACACUCUUCAUGAACUUCUGCUGCCUGGGUUUCAUAGCGUAUGCCUACUCUGUGAAGUCUAGGGACAGGAAGAUGGUGGGUGAUGCAACUGGGGCCCAGUCGUAUGCCUCCACCGCCAGGUGCCUGAACAUCAGUUCCCUGAUCUUUACCAUCCUCAUGACCAUCAUCUUCAUCAUUAUCUACUUAACUAAAAAAUAGCCAUCUUGCAGCAUCUCACAAUAGAUAACAGAUUCUGGGGCCUUCUAGGCUUGCUUUGUGUUCCAUUGUCUCUGUCACUGCCCCAAACCCUAGUCUUAGUCCUGACCCCAUACAUGUGCAAAUGUUACACUCACAUAUCUGUCCAUAGUGGAUUCAAUAAAGUGCAUGUGCUGUGACUUU